AUGUACAAUAUNUUCUGGGUGAUUGUAUUGACGCUGUUGCAGGGUUUGUGCGGCAUGUGCUUUGGAUUCCUCAUCUCAUCGGUCUGUGAGCUGGAACGUAACGCCAUACAGCUGGCGUUGGGUUCAUUCUAUCCCACGCUGCUGUUAUCCGGUGUGAUUUGGCCCAUUGAGGGAAUGCCCAUUGUGCUGCGAUACAUUUCGCUUUGCCUGCCACUGACACUCGCUACCACUUCGCUGCGGUCGAUAUUGACGCGUGGUUGGGCCAUCACGGAGAAGGCUGUGUACUCGGGCUUUCUGAGUACGCUGGCGUGGAUCCUUGGCUUUCUGAUACUGACGCUGUUGGUGCUGCGAGCGAAGCGUGGAUAAUAUAAUUUGCAACAGUGGCGGCCAAGGGCUCGGCUGCAAAUCGGGACAACAAAUUAAUUUAAUUUUUACUCUUGAGUUUUUGUUUUUUAUAAAUCAUCGAUACUAGAAAUUGAGAAAUUGUACAUGUAAAUUAAAAUUUGUACUUAAUAUGCAAAGUAUUUAAGCGAACUGGGUUGAUUCGAACUCAGCUGUAUAUAGUAUAUGUAUGACUUAUAUAUAGCUUGCGCUUAAGACCUUAUUCAUAUUUGUACAUAUGUAUGUAGGCAUGUACAUACGACCAAUGUCGAUAAAAUUAAAGCUGAAUUGUAGUUGUUGUAGAGAGUAUAUACUAUAUACAUACAUACAUACAUACACACAAAAGAAAACACAACAAAUACAAGUGUAUAAGGUGUCUUGUCCUAAUCUUAGCAUUAAUUCAUAUUUAAUAGAUUAUCUAGUUUAUUUUACAUUCCCAUGCACGCACCGUUCUAUUUUAUCAGCUUUCUGCUUAGCAAAAAUAUCUAGUUUUUACUUUAAACUUUAAACCUUAAUAAAUUUAAAUCUUAUCUGUAUCGCUAUGUAAACAAAAAUUUUAUAAUUUUUCAUUUCCGAUGGUCCUCAAAUUCAUGAGGUAACAAAUUUACUUAUUCGACUGCAACAAAGUAUUUUCGAACUAAAAUUUCCUUUUUAAUUACUAAAGUCUUUCUCAACUCACAGCUCAUAACUUUUUGUACUUAACUUAUUUUUAUUUUUUUCCGAUAACAUUAAGCUGUGCACACACGAGAGUAUGCCCUACAUACAUCCAUACAUGCACAUGUAAGUCUAUAUCUUUAUUUGACACUUCGAAUUGUGUGCCUGUGUGCUCGCGUAAUUUUCAUCAUUAAACAAUAUUUUUUUUUUAUAUAAAAUAUUUUAAUUUAGUUAUCCAUUUAGUUAUGUUUUAAGGUUAAGGUUGUGUUUUUUUUUUUAAUUUUUAAGUUUAAGAAAGAAUUUAACAAUUUCCCUUGUAAAUAAAAAAUAUAAAAAAUUGUACUUAAAGAACAAAAACCAGAACAAAAAUAAUGUAAUACAACAACGAAUUAGUCGAAAUAUAGUUUAUUUGUAUUUUGUGUAUUCUGCCUCUGCUAGUCUUCUGUCUUCUCUAAUUUCGACUCACUGUCCACUCGAACACAACUUUCGUCCAUUUUUGGUACACUGAUAAAAAAGUUUCGUAACGUCAACUAAAUAUCUCUUUCCCUUUUUAGUUAUGCAGAUGUGUUUUUUUGUUUGUUAUCGCUACAUAUCGCACCCUUUUUGGUUUUUGAUUUUCUCACAAUUCCCUUUUCUCUAACAUUAUCUAACACGAAUGGACUGUGAUUAUAUUAAUUUCCUUUAAUUUUUAUGUACACAAAAAA